UUUCUCAUUUCUGCUGUGAUUCUUCAAUUCAUGUACUUAAUUGAGACAAGGGAGAAAAAGAUUGAAUUUUUGGAAGAUGAAUGGUCUGCAGCCUCCAGAUUUGGUCGACGAAGCUAACCGCGGUGAUGGUUUCAUCAGAACUUACAAAGCUUGGAAAGGCAGCAAUGUAUUUGUUUUGGGAGCAAGAUUUAUUUUUGGACCUGAUGCUAGAUCCCUUUUCUUCACCAUCUUCUUAAUCGUUGCUCCGGUUGCCGUCUUCUGUGUGUUUGUAGCAAGAAAAUUACUGGAUGAUUUCCCUCAUCACCUUGGAAUAUCGAUAAUGGCUGUCGUUGUGGCUCUCACUUUAUCUGAUAUAAUUCUUCUUCUGAUAACCUCGGGAAGAGAUCCCGGUAUAAUUCCGCGAAACUCGCACCCUCCCGAGCCUGAAGGUUAUGAAGGAAUGACUGAAGUUCAGCCUGGCCGAACUCCGCCAUUACCAAUACCGCGUACAAAAGAUGUGGUGGUCAAUGGUAUAAGUGUGAAGAUCAAAUACUGCGAUACUUGUAUGUUGUAUCGACCUCCCCGAUGUUCUCACUGUUCGAUAUGCAAUAACUGCGUCAACAGAUUCGACCACCACUGCCCUUGGGUUGGUCAGUGUAUUGGACUGCGGAAUUACCGAUUCUUCUUCAUGUUUAUAUUCUCUACGACUCUUCUUUGUUUAUACGUGCACGGGUUUUGCUGGGUUUACAUCCGGAGAAUCAUGGACGGCGAGAAAACAACAAUCUGGAGAGCGAUGACCAAAACUCCCGCCUCCAUUGCACUAAUAAUCUACACCUUCAUUGCUGUCUGGUUUGUUGGUGGUUUAUCCGUUUUCCAUUUGUAUCUGAUUAGUACAAACCAGUCUACAUACGAGAACUUUAGAUACCGAUACGAUCGUCAUGAGAAUCCGUACAACAAAGGGGUCGUCAAGAACUUCAUGGAGGUAUUCUGCACCAGUAUUCCUCCAUCGAAGAUAAAUCUCAGGGCAAAGGUUCCAAAGGAAGCUGCAAUUUCACCGAGAACAGUGGACGGAGAUUUUAUACGUCCGAACAAGGGGAACACCUUUGGUGAAAUUGCAAUGGGGAGAAAGCCAGUUCGGGAAGAGGCAUUACGAGGUAUCAGGGAUUACGAAGGACAACACAGUGUUGACUAUAUGGACAAGGGCAGUGGAUUGCCCAAUGUUUCUUCCGAUUUAAGCCGGAUCCUUCCCUCGGAGAACACGGAGAGGCAUUUGAAUUGGGGAAGGAAGAGUGAAAGAUGGGAAAUAUCACCUGAGAUUCUUCCUUUGUCCAGAAUCGGAGAAUCAAAGAGGAUGAAUGGUUUGAGCAAUACUGAAUCUACAACCGGAAUCAACAAUACGAAACAAAAUGAUCAACUGUAAA